CCGCGGCAGUUUGUUUGCGUACGCGGUCAGCUGUAGUCGACGUCUCUCGGCGAGGAUAUGCCGUUGCUGGUGGUCACAAACCAUUGCAAGUAUUGUUUACAUGAUUAUUUCGGUCGUCAUCGUAGGUAUUACAAAGUCCGGUGAACCAAAAUUACGAGGUUAUUUUUUUUUAUCGUGAUUUCAUAGGCCGCCUGUACGUCGAAUCCGGACGUUUUCGCAGUCGUUCGUCGGAGUACGCGUAUUAUUUAUAUUAUCAUAGUUCGCGCGCGGUUUUUUUUGUUUUUUCUCUCGACCGUUGGAGAAUUUUCAUUCCGUUACCAAACAAACAAGCAAACACGUCUGCGGUCUCCAAGGCGUACCCCAUAUGAUAUAAUAUAGCGGUGUUGUUUUCGAGAGCCGUUAGAUUGUAUUAUUUUAAUCGUCAUUACUAGCGUUUUACGACUUUUCAUCGAAUUAAAUUUUAACCAAUCGAUCCCGAGUACCGCGCCGGUGUUCACACAUAUACGCAAACUAUGUUGAUAUACCCGACGGCGGGCAGCGGGGCGAUAAGUAGCCGAAUGAACGCGUCGGGCCAAAAGGGCGGCAGGGCCGCGGCCAAGGGUGCUGUGCAGCGUAAGGCGGAGGCCAACAAGACCAAGAGCAGUAGUAAGCAGACGGUGCUGUGGAAGCACGCGGACGUCGAACAAGGAGUGGUCGUAGUCGAUGAGAAACAGCUAAUGCGGCUGGUUAAGACGGAACCCAUCGAGAAUUAUUAUCGGCUGGACAGCGAACCAUUCGCCAAGGGUCAAUUCGCUUCAGUCAGACGGUGCACUUCGAUCGAAACUGGAGAAGUGUUUGCGGCCAAAUUUUCAAACCGCACGAGAUUCGGCGAAGACUGCAGUCCCGACAUCCAUCACGAAAUAGCUUUGCUGUCGCUGUGUUCGCCGUCACCACGGAUAACCAAACUGCAUGAUGUGUUUCAAACGCCCAAACAAUUGAUCAUCGUCAUGGAAUACGCUCCGGGAGGUGAUCUGCAGAAAGUCAUCGACGACGACAACGUGCCAUUUGAAGCCGACGUGGUCAAGUUCAUACACCACGUGGUCGAAGGCUUGGCGUACAUGCACCAGCGGAAAAUUGCUCACUUAGACAUCAAACCGCAAAAUUUGGUGUUAAUGGGUGCAUUUCCAACUUGCGACGUCAAGCUUUGUGAUUUUGAAAUAUCCCGAGUGAUUCUGGAGGGUACGGAAAUACGAGAAAUUCUUGGCACACCCGACUACGUCGCUCCAGAGAUCCUUCAUUACGAACCAAUCACGUUGGCCGCAGACAUGUGGUCGCUUGGUGUGACUACUUACGCACUAUUGACGGGGUUCAGUCCGUUUGGUGGCGACACGGACCAGGAGACGUUCUGCAACAUAUCAAAUGCUGACAUCGACUUCCCGGACGAACUUUUCGAGGACGUGUCAGGGGAGGCUGUUGACUUCAUCCGGAAGCUGUUGGUCAAAGAUCCCAGGGAGAGGCUGACAGCCAAAGAGUGUUUGAAACAUCCGUGGUUGGCAAACCUCCGCAAGUCUUCGUCCGGCAGCAGCCAUUCGGUGCAGCACCACCAGCAUCUCCAACCAAACUACCACCAACAUCAACAGUCCCACCAACCACAACACCAACAGCCGUCGGUCGUGAAACGCACUGGCUGCAACACGUGUGCGGGCAUUACGCCAUCGAUCAGUGCUAGACGUAGCGGUGGUGGUCUGCAACCUUCAUACCUCUCCAAGUCUCGGGAAGCACUUUUCGAACGGAUCGUGUCCAAGCACAUGCGGGAAAGUGACAUGAAGAGGUCAUCUAUGUUGCAUGAGUCGCAGUACGCGUCCAGUCGGAUGUGCGAAAGCCACACGUCCCUGGUAUCCCGGUCACGGAAUAGCACCCGGACGUUCAGCAAAUCCAAGGAGAAGCUGUACGGGCUCAAGAGCCUGUCCCGGUCUCAGGACGUGCUGGACAUGUGCAAGAGCAUCAAGGACCUGAGCGAAGUGGACAAAAUAGCCACUGUCGGCAGCCUGCUGAUGAGUCUCACUGGUGUCUCUACUCUGCCCAACUCAUUGUGCUCGUCCACCGCCAACAUAUCCGUGUCUCAGAGCCACAUACCCGAGGGUUUGGUGUCCGAGGAUGAUAAAGAGAAUUGCAUAGCGAGAAACGGCGAUCGUGACACCGACACGGCUGUCACAGCCACCACUGCAGCAUUCAACACCAUCAAUACAAACACCACCACUCCUGUGGAUACCACCACUCCUAUGGUUGCCACCACUACGGAACCUAUCAACUACACCACCACCGGAACUACCACAACCACGGUCACCUCAACGCCGGACUACGCACCACGAUCCGGGUCUCCUGCCGGCAGUAGUACCAGCGGCACAAGCAGUGUAGAACACUUUUACCAUUCCGACGAAGAGCCCAGGUUUUCGGUAGCCCAGCUGGUCAAGGCAUUCGACACGCACCAGGAAGUAGUGACCAAACGGUCGCUGGAGGUAACCAUGAACCCAGUCGCCAAACUCGGGAUCGCCCACACGACGGCAUCGGUCGACCAGCUUACCGCAACCGAGUUUCCGACCGGACCGAACGCUCUGCGGCUGUUCAUACCCAACAUCGAUAUUUGCGGUGGUGAAUCUGCGGCUGCCAAGAGAACUCGUGCCGUGGGUUGUGGAGGCGGUGGAGGUGUUGGUGGAGUAGAAGCCCGUGACGGUUACGAGAGUGCUCGGAGCCCGAAUUCGGACAACCAUCGCAAACGGUCAAACGUGAACAACUGCACAGAAAACUGAUCUGACAACUACCACUGCGGUCCUCCCCAUAUUUAUUUCAAUGGUAUUAUAUUAUAUGAUAAUAUUUUGUAUUGGCUAGACUAUUUUUUUUAUAAAUAUUUUAACGUGUUAUUUUAUUAUUAUGUCGUGUUGUGUAUGAUAUUAUUACGUUGUUCGCGCGAUAGAAUAUAUUUAUCAUUAUUAUUAUUAUUAUUAUUAUAUUGAAGUGUGUAUGUUAUCACAUUUGAUUGUAUUGUACAAGUGAGCUAGUGAUUAUCACAUGUAGCCGUAUGUAUACAAUAAAUGAAUGUCAUUUCGACACGAAAUAAAUAUAAUGUUAUCAUUGUAAUGCACAUCAUCAUAAUAACGUAGUAAAUAGGUCAUAUUUUGAUUAUUAAGAGGCCUCGCUACAGUCAUUAUCUAAGGGGCAACAUUUAGGCAAUUUCUAAUCUUGUCAUAGACGCCCGGGGUCUAUAGUCUAUACAUUGUAAAUGGUUAUUAGUGUGAAUGAAAUUAAAUACGGGUAUCGACGGAAACCUCUCUCGUACGCGCAUGCACGUGUCAAUAACUCGAUAACCAUAUUAAUUUUCCUAAAAGAAUUUUACAAAAACAUACAUUUGUUCUGACAAAAUUAAAGUUAGUAAGUAAACGUUUUCUGAUUUUGAUUCUGAAAAAAUAUUUGAAUUCAGCAGAAAAAUGUCUGUAGAUCGUACGAAACAUUUUCCGUUUUUUAAUUAUGAUUCGAAAAAGUUCAUAUUUUCAAGUUUUCAAUUACAGUUCACAAUAAUAUAAAAUUUAGUUUUUACAAAGUGCUUCAUAGGAUCUAAUCUAUAGACAAUUUUCUGGAGAGUUCAAAUUUUUUUCGGGAUAAAAAUCGGACAAUGUUAACUAACUUAAAUUUUGUCAAUACUUUAGGUCUUUUCAGCUAAAAUUGACGGCAGUAGCGAGGCCCCUUAAACUAUAAUGAUAAUAAAACUUACUCUAAUUAUUUAUGUAAUUUUUAGUAGUUUUAAAAGGCGGGUUACCCUGGCACCCAAAUGUUCGAUUUUUGAAUUUUUUUUAACCAUUAAUUGUACUAUAAUUUGUACCAAUUUGUACCAACAAUUUAAGAAUUUGUACCUAAAUAUUUUCCAAAGAAAAGUCAUUUUUCCGCUGGUAUGUCUAAAUCCAUCACUCCAGCAUCACCAUAUCUAAAUAAUGCAUUUUAUAAACAUUUUUUUUUCAUUUAUUGUACUAUGAUUAAAAUCAAAUUAAAUCAACUUUUGUACCGAUUAGUACUACCAUUUUCAGAAUUUGUACCUAAAUAUUUCCCCACGAAAAAUCAAUUUUCCCGCUGUUUUA